AUGUUGUUAUGCAUCCAAGAUGGCGGCGAGUCGAUCAAACAGAAUAGUGAAAAGGCCAGGAAAACUACAAGAUUAUGACUUAGAAACGAUCGAACUGACAGAUCGACGACAAAGAAAUCAGAGACCGAGAAACGAGCUUUGGGAAAUCGAGGAUAUCUUAGAGGAGAGGGACGGCCAAGCACUCGUAAAAUGGAAAGGGUACGAAGAGAAGGACAACACGUGGGUCUGCCUCGCAGACAACCCCGAAUUGUCCUGCUAUUUAGCAGACAAUGCUGGCAAUCCCAGCAGCAGUUCGAUUGCGAGCGAAAGGUUGCCGGUCAUCAAUGAUGAGGACCGGGAACUGUGGAUCGUCAAAUUAGCUAUGUUUGACGAGCUACAGUUCAGACGUACUCCCGAGGGUGACACUGGUCACUCUKGGAGAGUACAAGUUAAAGUUCCUUUUUCAAAAGAAGCGUUCACGGAUGCUUUUGAAAAAGGUACUUUUCUUUUCGCCGAAGAGCGCAAACUUGACUUUUCUGGUAACAGAAAUGUCAAGUUUGCGUGCACUGCUGCUGAGAUUGCCUCAGUGUUUGGGGCUGCUUAGAUAGCGCGGCAAUUCGAGGAUACUUCAACCGUCUGCGAGGUAGACCCUUCUUCGAAGGUGUAUGUAUCGUGGGGAUACGAGUUGCGGAACUUUUAUAACCACAGGUUGUGCCCCCGCUGUACARACACUGGAGAUGAAGAUGAAAGACCCAGUGUAUGUCAACCAACCAGGCAGUACCUCCCGCCAAUAGCCGAACUGACAAUCAGCUUCUCCAAGAGGAGAAGAAAUAUGAUAAUAAAUCAAGGACAGUAAUUACUACUUGGCAUUCACUGCAAGCACAACUACAGCUGUAGGUUGGCUCAAUUGUUUGAGUGCUGGUCAGCGAUACAACCAUCUGAGUCAGUGACUSCCUCGCAUCUCCUACAUGUCAUGUCAUGCCUGCAUGUCUACAAAACUGAUGUGGAUAUUGGGAAGACCUGGAACUUUCAAACUUCACUCAGUUACAAUAGGAGUUACAAAAGAAUACUUACUUCAUCAAAAGUAGCUGUCCUAAAUGCUUUGACCCAUUUGAGAGCAUUCAAUUUAAAGCUGUCAGGCUCUAAAUAUUAUUUAGAUUAUUGAUUGAUUACUAGGGUCUGCUUUCAGAGCAUCAGACAGGACUUCAAAAUCUCUCCAUACAGACUGUUGUUGACAUCGAGAGACUUGACUUCAAAGGUCUGAAUGGACGACACCUUACAGAAAUAUAUAAUUAUAAAUAAAAGUGCAUCACAUACAUUUGUACAUUGCACUGGUGAAGUGCACUCAUUACUGGUAUUUCCUUGGAACACUUUGAACAAAAUUGUACAAACUAUAAGCACUAGUAUGAAAAUUUUUACUCUAUACCUGGAAAGGAAUUUUGUUUUCAUGUAGGUAUUCUUUCAGAAUAACCCUAAGUGCA